AUGCAAUACAGUCUGGUUUCUUUCAUAAUAGCUGCUACAUUGCUGUUGUCGUCAGUUAUGGCUGAUGACCUGCCGGCUAUUGAGAUCAAGGGUAACAAGUUCUUUUUCUCCAAUAACGGUUCCCAAUUCUACAUGAAGGGUAUCGCUUACCAAGCUGAUACCGCUAACGUCACAGGCGGUGCCACCAUCAACGACCCAUUGGCCGACUGGGACACCUGUUCCAGAGAUAUUCCAUACUUGCAACAACUAGCUACUAACGUCAUCCGUGUCUACGCCGUCAACACUUCCUUGGACCACUCCAGAUGUAUGAACGCUCUGAACGAUGCCGGUAUCUACGUCAUUGCCGAUUUGUCCUCUCCAAAGGUUUCCGUCAACAGAAAGUCUCCUUCCUGGGACUUGGAAAUCUUCGACCGUUACAAGUCCGUUGUUGACAUGUUCGCUAACUACUCCAACGUUCUAGGUUUCUUCGCAGGUAACGAGGUUACCAACGAUGCCACCAACACUGACGCUUCCGCUUUCGUUAAGGCCGCCAUUAGAGACACCAAGUCCUACAUCAAGGAAAAGGGUUACAGAGGUAUCCCAGUUGGUUACUCUUCUAACGAUGACGCCGACACCAGAGUUGACAUCGCUGAUUACUUCGCUUGUGGUGACGACGCUGAAAGAGCUGACUUCUACGGUAUUAACAUGUACGAAUGGUGUGGUAACUCUACUUUCCAAAAGUCUGGUUACGCUGACAGAACCAAGGAAUUCGCCAACUUGUCCAUCCCAUUGUUCUUCUCCGAAUACGGUUGUAACGAAGUUCAACCAAGAGAGUUCACUGAAGUUCAAGCACUAUACGGCCCUGAUAUGACUGAUGUCUGGUCCGGUGGUAUUGUCUACAUGUAUUUCCAAGAAGCAAACAACUACGGUUUGGUUAGCAUCGAUGGCUCUAGUGUUAAGACUUUGGAAGAUUUCAACUACUACUCUAAAGAAAUCCACUCCAUCUCCCCAUCCUCAGUAAACUCCAAGACUUACACUCCAACCGCAACCUCUUUGGCUUGCCCAUCUACUAACCAAUACUGGAAGGCUGCCACUAACUUGCCACCAACCCCACAACUAGAUCUAUGUGAAUGUAUGGAUGCUGCUAACUCUUGUAUUGUUCAAGAUGAUGUCGAUGAAGACGACUACCAAGAUUUGUUCUCCUACUUGUGUGGUAAGAUUGACUGUGGUGGUAUUACUGGUAACGGUACCACCGGUAAGUACGGUUCUUACUCUUUCUGCUCUCCAAAGGAAAAGCUAAACUUCGUUCUAAACCUAUACUACAACGCCCAAGGUGGUUCCAAGUCUAACUGUGACUUCAGUGGUUCUGCUACAUUGAGAAGUGGAACUACCCAAGCUGGUUGUGCCUCUGCCUUGAAGGAAAUUGGUAGCGUCGGUACUAACUCUGCUACCGAUUCUGUUACUUUCUCUGGUGGCUCUACUGGUACUUCCAAGGCAUCUGCUACCGGCUCUAACUCUUCCAAGUCCGGCUCAAGCAAAUCCGGCUCUUCUACAAGUUCUUCUGCUAAGAGCUCUUCCUCUGGUAAGAGUAACAAGAAGUCUAACAGCUCUAGCUCCGUCCAAGUUGGUCUAUACCAACUUCUUUUCUCAGCUUUCAUCACAUUAGGUGCAGUCGCCGGUGCUGGUUUCGCUCUUAUUUAA